UAUAAAUAGUAGUAUAAAUACAGGGGCCUUAAGCCCACCAGUUCAGUUUAGUUCCAGCUGCCUAAGUGGAUACCUAUCUGCAUUUUUCUGAGAUGGCAUCAAGAGACUGCAAGCAUCCGGCAGAUGCAUUUUGCUAUGUCUGCGGCCAAUUUAUCAAGACAAGAGCGAAAAAGUACUCCGUGGAAGCAUCUGCUAAGAUGUGUGAGGCCUACAAGGCAUAUUUCGGCAUGCCUGUCGGGGAUCAAGACAAACCCUGGGCACCUCAUUUCACCUGUGAGCACUGCAAAAAAAACUCUGGAAGGAUGGUACAGAGGGGAAAAGAGAGCCAUGAAGUUCGCUAUCCCAAGAAUUUGGUGGGAACCCACUGACCACUCAAGCAACUGCUACUUCUGCAUGGUGGACCCUUCCAAACGUCGGACUGGCAAGAAUGCACCUGCUAUCACGUAUCCGGACCUUCCUUCAUCCAUCGCCCCGGUGCCACACUGCCAUGAGCUCCCCGUACCCACUCCUCCGGAGAGAGAGCAGCCGUCUUUAGAAGAGAGCAGCAAGCCAGAGAGCGAGGAAGACGUUGUAGAUCCAGAUGACAAUUUCAGAGGUGGAGCUGAGGAGAGAAACCCAUACUACCCCAACCAAAAAGACCUCAACGACUUGAUUAGAGAUCUUGGUCUCACCAAGUCCAAUGCCAAGCUUUUGACGUCUAGGCUCAAGCAGUGGAACUUGUUGGAUGAAAGUGUGCAAGUCGCAGAUCAGAGGAAGCGUCACCAACCUUUUUCCAGCUUCUUCACCCGUCAAGAUGGGCUCUGCUUCUGCCACAAUGUGACCAGUCUGUUCGAGGCAAUCGGAAUCGCCUGUAACCAGAAUGAGUGGCGCCUCUUUGACAUUGACAGCUCAUCCAGGAGCCUCAAAGCCGUGCUGCUCCAUAAUGGUAACAAGUACCCGUCUCUUCCCCUGGCUCACUCGGUGCACCUCAAAGAGGAUUACAACAGCAUCAAGACCUUGCUGGACGCCUUGAAGUAUGAUGAGUACGGCUGGGAGGUCAUAGGAGACUUAAAAAUGGUGGCAUUCCUGAUGGGUCUCCAAGGCGGUUUUACCAAGUUUCCCUGCUAUCUUUGCCUUUGGGACAGCAGGGACACCAAGGCGCACUACCAAAGGCGGGACUGGCCACAGCGGACCGAGUUCUCUGUGGGGAGGAACAACGUCAAGUGGGAGCCACUGGUGGACCCCCGGAAGGUGCUGAUGCCACCACUGCACAUAAAAUUGGGCCUUAUGAAACAAUUUGUCAGAGCUCUAGAUAAGGAGUCGGCAGCCUUCAAGUACCUUCAAGACUUCUUCCCUAAGCUGUCUGAGACAAAGGUCAAAGCCGGUGUCUUCGUCAGACCACAGAUAAAGAAGAUCCUGGAGUGCAAUGAAUUCCCCAAGAAGCUCACUAGAAAGGAGAAAGCGGCUUGGAACAGCUUUGUCGCAGUGGUUCGGGGCUUCCUGGGCAAUCACAAGGCCGAAAACUAUGUGGAGCUGGUUGAGACUCUGGUGAAGAACUACUGCACAAUGGGCUGUAGGAUGUCCCUCAAAGUCCAUAUCCUUGAUGCUCAUCUUGAUAAAUUCAAGGAGAACAUGGGAGCGUACUCGGAGGAGCAAGGCGAGCGCUUCCACCAGGAUAUACUGGACUUUGAACGCCACUACCAAGGACAGUAUAACGAGAACAUGAUGGGAGACUACAUUUGGGGGCUGAUUCAUGAAAGUGAUUUACAGUAUAAUCGUAAAUCUCGAAAAACUACUCACUUCUAAA